AAUUGAUUAAAACCUUCCAGUCAACACUGUCAAGUCCUUCAAAUUUGAAAACUGAGUUUGAAGAUCACAUUAAAGUUCAAACAGAAGUAAUCGAAUUUCAAACUCAGUUUAAUGUUAAAAAAUUAGGACCAUGA